GCCUAUAAUUUGGUAAUCUCCUGAGGUAUUUUCAAGUGAUGAUCGUUGGUCUCCUUUGUGUUCUGGGCUAAUGAUUUUAGCUUCUUUUGUGUGGCUUACUUUGUAAUAGGGUUGGUGAAUUCUGGCUGUUACGGCAGGCAUUGGUUCGUUGAGAUGAGGUAAUCUUUCUGUAUAAAACUGGGCCCUAGCUUUGAUCAGUGUCCAUACCUAGCGCGCUUGCUACCAGACGGGUAGACCUUUUCUUUCUGUGAUUUUGCUUGGUUCCUAUGGCUGAGUAGAGCCUACAUUUUUGUCUCAUCUCUCUGAACCGCUGCAUGGUGUGACACGCCCAAUCUUCACCAUGUAUGUCAUGUACAUGGGAACGUUUGCUGACUUUUGGCUUUUCUUGUGAGUAUAAACCCUCAAAUUCCGAGUUCCGUAUUUCUGCCAUGUGACCUAUAAUUUUACCCCCUUCGUGUGCCUCUAGGGCUGGGUUUGUCAAUAUCCUGUUAUGGCCAGACUGACCGGGUUUUCCUGAGGUUUCUUUUAGUUUGUUUGAGUUGGAACUUUGUGUGAAGAAGCUGGGCAAAGUUGCCCACAAUUCCUGUCCGACAUGUCAUGAUCAUGUCACUUGUUUUAUACUGGAUUUUGAUAGUGUUUAAUCUUGUUCUGACUUCCCUGCUUGGCAUAGGUUUUGAGUUACAUAAUCAGAAAGUGAUUCCAGGUGAUACAAGUUCUGGGGAAUCUUAGUUCGGAGUGUUCCAUGUCUUGGUUGGUGAACUGUUUUGGGCCACCCUGUAUAGAUUUACAUUGGCUUUGGUUCAUCUGACUGGUACUUUGAUUAAUAGGUGAUUUCUCCUCCAAUUAGAUGUCGUUUUGACAGGGGAAUUUAGGCUUCUGGGUUGUUGGUAGAACAAGUGUGGUGAGAAGGAAUUUGGGUAACCUGGGGUCAUAUCUGGUUGGCCAUGCAGUUUAUUGGGUUGGAUGAAUGUGAAGUGAAAUCUGGAAUCUAGUUUGUUCAUAAUAAACAUAUUUUGGGUAUAUUCUAGCGCUUAUAAUUUAUCGGUCAAUGCACACCCCCACAAACUCUGGUUCUCGUCAACGCUGGUGAAGGUUCAUUCAUUUUGCCAGGGGUUGACGGGAACUCAUUAACGACAAUUCCAUUCACAAGGACGGUCGUUACAAUUGGCACCCGCGUGGUUUUCAUUGGCCGGUAAUACUUACUAAUUGCUAUCUAUAUUUCACUUUUUCUGCUUCCUGUGAGUUGUCACUGGGUCGUGACACUUGUUGGAGGGGGGAGGUAGCCUGUUUUUGGCUGACGUGUGUUUUUUUUUUGUCAAGGUAAUAUUGCUGGUUUAAAUGUAUCAUGGGAAACUUUUUGGAAUUUCUGGUCAGUCUGGUGUGUCAUGCUAUGCGGUGGAGAUGAGUGGAUGAGACAAUGUUAUUCAUUUGAAGUUUAGAUUUAGUUUAUUGCACGCUAGGUGUGGAUCAUCAGGAAAGCUCGGUGAGUGGCCAAUUUUUUAUUUUUAUUUUGAUAUUUGUGUUAGCUUGAACAUGGACCCAUCUGGACGGGUAGACGAAUUCCUGUCGCAGAUUGGCACAGCCCUGCAGGGGAUGCAGGAGGAGAUGACGAAUGUGAUGGUUGGGCCACCACCGCCCGCAACUCCGGGUUCUUCUGGUCGGAUGCGUUAUUCGACUCCUUAUGGGGCAACAGCUGAGUCCGAUGACGAGCUGUUCCAUAAGAAACCGGUGGUGUUACCGGAUUGGUAUAAUAACGAUGGUAAGACAGAUUUCGAAGAUUGGGUGGAAAGAGUGCGAAUUGUGCAGAGGGUGAACCAUUGGUCAGAGGAGCAGCUAAUGAGUUUUGUGCCCUUGCGACUUAAGGACGAUGCUUUUCGUGUUUACAAAGACAUGCAUGAUUUUGAGAAAUGUAAUUUCGAUACCUUUUGUGAAACUUUCAGGCUGCGGGGUUGCCCUGCUGAUGUGAAGGUAUUCAAGGCCAGACUGGCGGCGCGGCGUAAGCUUGAAACAGAGACUUACGUCCAAUUGGCCGCAGACAUCCGUCGUCUGGUCUUGAAGGCCUUUCCAUCGGCAGGAGUGGCGAUACGGGAAGAGAUGGCGGUGGACUACUUUACUCAGGCACUAACCGAUAGGGAAGUUCGGCUCCAGGUCAGGCGGGCCGACUGCGACACCUUGGACGAUGCUUUGUCUAGGGCGCUGGCUGAGGAAAGUUUCCAAAGGGCCGAGAAACCUGGAGAGGCUAGGAAGGGUCCCCAGAAGGUGAACAUGACGAGGCCGGGUGUCGCAGACGGACCGUCGGGACCUGGUAUGCAGAAGCAGAUAGACGCGCUUUCGAAAAAGCUAAAUGACGCGCUGGUUGCUCUCGGUCAGAUUAGUACAGCCCCUGGUAGGAGGGCUCGGCAUUGGUUUUUGUCGGGGAGACUACCACCAUACCACCAUCGUCGGAAGUUGUGUUGACUGGGAGAAUUAGAAGAAGGGGCGCGCUGCGGUUGCAGGAGGGAAUGAUGGAAGGUGUGCAUCAUGGUUUUUCGUUGUCCGGAAACAGACCAUUGGUGGCCAGGUCGGUGGUCUCCGUCGACAAGAACGCUGUACCAGUACGACUGAUGAAUGUUCACAAGGAACCAUACAUUUUGCAAAAAGGUCAGUGUAUUGCUAUAUUACAACCUUUUGAGUCGCAGCAGGAGACUGAUCUCAAGGUUGGUGAAACUGAAGAUAAGUUGUCAGAACCUUUGCAGAAGUUGUAUGAAGAGAGUCUUGGUGAACUUGAUGAGGCACAGGCCGCUGAUUUGUACAAGCUGUUGCUGAAGAAUGAACAUGUGUUUUCUAAGGGUGACAUGGACUUGGGUCGUACAGAUGUAGUCAGACAUAGUAUAGAUACUGGGGAUUCUCCUCCUUUGCGAGAACCAGUGCGCCGGUUACCUAUUCAUAAGUAUGCUGAGGCUGAGAAAUGUGUACAGGAUAUGUUGAAGCAGGGGGUGAUUGAGCCUUCAAGCUCUCCUUGGAGAAGUGGGGUAGUAUUGGUGAAGAAAAAAGAUGGCAGCACUAGGUUUUGUAUUAAUUACAAGAAACUGAAUUCGGUCACCAAGUUUGACAGUUACCCUUUGCCCAAUAUUACUGAUAACUUAGACGCUUUGAGAGGGGCCAAGUGGUUUUCAACUCUAGAUUUAGCUUCCGCUUAUUGGCAAUGUGAAAUGGAUCCUGAUUCGGCUGCUAAGACUGCCUUCUCAGUGGGACGCCAUGGGCUAUAUCAGUUUACUAGGAUGCCAUUUGGACUUUGUGGGGCCCCAAGUACUUUUGAGCGUUUAAUGGAGUUGGUUUUGGCUGGGUUGCAGUGGGAGAUUGCCAUAAUUUAUUUGGAUGAUGUGGUCAUUUUUUCGUCAACAUAUUCUCAGCAUCUUGCAGAUAUCCAGAAGGUGUUUGACCGUUUGGGAGCUGCCGGGUUGAAACUGAAGUGUAAGAAGUGUUUGCUGUGUAGACGUGAAGUGGAGUACCUUGGUCAUGUGGUUGGUAGGGAUGGAGUAAAGACAUCUUGGUCCAAGAUACAGAAGGUAAAAGAAUGGCCGAGGCCUAAAACUGUCACCCAGCUGAAGAGUUUCUUGGGCCUUUGUGCGUAUUAUCGUCGUUUUGUGCUACGGUUUGGGGAGAUUGCUACCCCGUUAUAUAAAUUGACAAAGAAACAGGUGGAUUGGGUAUGGACAGCUGAGUGUGAACGUGCAUUUGAAUUGUUGAAGGAAAAGUUGUGUACCGCUCCGGUGUUAGCCUAUCCUGAUCCAAGGAAAGAGUUAUUUUGGA